AUGGCCGGAAACUUUGAGGAAGUUGCCAAGCAGUUUGUUGAGUUCUACUACAACACCUUCGACAGUGAUCGCAAGGGUCUCGCUGCUCUCUACCGAGACCACUCUAUGCUGACUUUCGAGUCUGCUUCCGUCCUUGGCACCCAGGCUAUCACCGAGAAGCUUGCUGGCCUCCCCUUUGAGAAGGUCAAGCACCAAGUCUCUACCCUCGAUGCCCAGCCCUCCAACGACCAGGGCGGCGUCAUUAUCCUCAUUACCGGUGCUCUCCUUGUCGAUGAGGAGCAGCGCCCCAUGAACUUCAGCCAGUCUUUCCAGCUCGCCCGCGAUGCGAAUGGCCAGUACUUCGUCUACAACGACAUCUUCAAGCUUGUCUUCGGUUAA